AUGUCGCGCUACGGCAGAGCUCCCAAUGACUGUAAAGUCUAUGUAGGAGACCUUCCCAAAGAUGCCUCAGAGAAAGAACUUGAGCGGGCAUUUAGUUAUUAUGGCCGCUUGAAAAGUGUGUGGGUGGCCAGAAAUCCACCUGGAUUUGCAUUUGUUGAGUUCGAAGAUUACAGAGAUGCUGAAGAUUCAGUCAAGGAAUUGGAUGGAACAACAUUAUGUGGGGUUAGAUGUCGAGUUGAGCUAUCCAGUGGUAAAGUUCGCCCUAAACCUUGGCUGCGUGGUGGCCGUGGUCCUCCAAGAAGCAGGCGUGCUUUUCACCCAGAUGAUAAGUGCUACGAGUGUGGGGAUAGAGGUCACUAUGCAUAUGACUGUCCUCGAAGUCAUGGUGGGGGCAGCAGAUCUAGACGCAGGUCAAGAUCUUAUUCGCGAAGCUAUUCUAGAAGUAGAAGCAGGGACCGUCGUGACAGUCGUUCAAGGGACAGAUCCCCACUGGGAAAGUCACGAUCUCGAUCUCUGUCCCACCAAUCAAACUAG